CGCGCCUCGCGUACUGACCUCGUCUUCGGCUCGGGCGUUGCGGCGGGUCGCGGGCCCACGAUCCUGGACGCACUCGACAGUGGGGACGCGCUCGAGAUCGGAGAGGCCGCCGCCGGCGAGGACGCACACGACACCGCGUACUCGAACGACGGCGUUGACACGCACGGGACUGGAGGAGAGCGCUGCGGCGUGGACGCGCAAGACGGCCGGGCCAGGGCUAGGGACGUGCACGGGACGGCGGACACAAAUAACGGCCAGGGCGCGCACUGGGUCGGAGGUGCGCGCGACGCCGUGGAUGCUCACAGGACUGGGGACGUGAAUGACGGCGAGGACGUGCACCGGGCCAGAGAUGCGCUUGGCGGUGGGGACACUGAUGGGGCCGAAGACGCACUGGACGGAGCGGCUGCGACUCGUCUUGGCAUCCAUGCCUUAGCUCCAGAUAACGGAGGCCCGGAAGUUGGGUGCCUGGCGCUGGUGGGGGAAUCGGCUAGGGCUCAGGAGCGGGAGUUGGGCGGCCUUGGAGACCUAACUUCCUUGUGGAUGGAACCAGGAAGGGCGCUGAAGCCAGCUGCCCCUGCUACCAGGACCAUGGACCCCCUGGGUGGGGAGCUGCCAGCUAGGUUAACCCCAGAAUGGCCCUCGGAAGGCCUUUCUGAAACAGAAGUGGAUUUGGGUCCUGGGAUCUGGCCCGUGGACAACGGAGCAUCCACCUUGGCCAGAGCUGUGGGUCUUCGCCAGCCCCGCCCCACGCACUUUGUGGCUCUCAUGGUGACCGAGCCAGAGCUGCAAGCUGCGGUGACGAAGGCCCAGGAAGAACUGGUACGAGCUGCACCGGCUUGUGCGACGUCCACAGUGCCAACUCAGGCCCUGCACCUGACACUGGCCCUGCUGAGGCUAGCGGGCCCUGGGGAGGUGGCGGCUGCAGCCACCAUACUGAGACGCGUGCUUUCAGACCCCAGGCUUCCGGUUCCUCCAAGGCUGAGGUUUGAGCGCCUGGUGCUCUUAGGUUCCCAUGUGCUCUGUGCCCCUCCCUCCCCCUCCCUGGACAGCAUGGCUCAAGGGCUGAGUCACAGACUAGAGGUCGAGGGGCUGAGAGUGUUGCAGCCCCCUGGAGGGCUACACCCACAUCUUACCCUAGCCAAGGUGCCCCAGGGCUCCCAAGUCUACCUCCCCAAGCUGGGGUUCAGCCCAGGGCAGGAGCUGGGGAGCCAGCCCCUGGGGAAACUCUGGCUGUGCCGCAUGGGGAGGGCAGGGGGCACCUAUCAGGCCCUGGCUGAGAUCCCGCUGGGAUCUCAACUCCAAAAGAAAUAAGGGCCAGUACCCAACUCGGGGACAGCUGGUCCAAGCAGAGUACAGAUCGUGCACGCGCUCUCUCUCUCUCUCUCUCUCUCUUUAAUUUUGGUUUCUCUCAAGCUUCCAAAUGGUGCUCAGUGCUCCAAGGAAAGAAUGAAGGAAGGAAAGGGUAAGGGGAGAGGGAGGGGAGGGGAGGCAGAGGAGGAACAUCUGGAAAAAAAGCAGCCUGACAGUCCAGCUGUUUGCAAACUGAUUGCACAUCCUCCAGUUACAUGGCAGAAGAGGGGGGAGGACGGAAAAGAAAAGGGGAGGAAGAAAAAAUAACUUAAACACACACAAAAAGAAAAGAGAAGGAAACAUGACGUGAGCUGGUGAUCCAUGAGGCAGGCGGGAGGGAG